AUGUCAGUUGUGCUCACUAAAGAAUCCCUUCCUGGAACCAUGCAUGGCCGCGGAGGAUUCCCCGUGAAAACUGUCAUCUAUGCAUUAUUUAUCAUCUCGUUGAUAUACCUUUAUUACAUAUACAGUAGCUCACAAAGUAGUUUGCGAGAAGCAGAACUGGUCGGAUCUAGGUACAAGAGGGAAGCCGAGGAGAGAGUCACGGAAAUUCAGGAACUUGUGAGAGCAAAGGACAGGUUCCAGGAGAGCUGUCAAAAUGAGAAGAGUGAGCUACAUAAUCGAAUCAAGUCCCUUAACCAGCAGUACAGCAUGGUUCAGAGCCAGUACAAGGAGACGGAGGCAGAUUUCAUCAAACUCCGACAGGAUGUGGACACCAUGAAACUGGAGCGUUCCCAAGCUGACAGCGCCCAUGCUGCUGAGUACGAGAAGCUCAAGCAGGAGAAGGAGACUGACAUCGCCAAGCUGAAAGAUGAUGUUGCAGAUCUCACCAGACAAAAUCAGAACUUAGAAAACACCAUUACCACCCUGCGGCAGAACGUCAAGGAGCAUGAGAAUGCAUACAGACAGUUGUCAGAUCAGUAUACCCAGUUGCAGCAGAAGCUGCAGCAACAGAUAGCGAAUCUACCACAGCAACCGAUAGGGAAUCUACCACAGCAACCGAUAGGGAAUCUACCACAGCAACAACAACUGCAGCAGCAGCAGUCACAGGAUGCACACUUGCAGACAGGACUGCCUUUGAAAGACCAGGCUGAGCAACAUGGACUGGCAGGUGACAGGAACCCCAGCUUACCUGACCUUGGUCUGGGUUUGGGAGUCGUCAACAACAACCCUGUUCCAGGGCAGCUUAAAUUCAACACUGAAGCCAACCUCAGACCUGCUGUUGAUGACAGCCUGAAUGCUCAACAUCAGAUGAGACCGCCCAGCAACAGUGACAUCAAGCUGGAUAGUGAUGAUGCAAACAAGGGAUAUAAAGAUGUAAGCCUACAACAUGUUGUCAAUCCGAAUGAUGAGCAGAAGGCUCAGAUUCUCGGACCUUCCCUGGACAGCCACGAUAAACACCAGGGGGGUGGAGAGGUGGACAUUGUUGGCAUGAACGUGAAGCGAGAGGACGAGGAGGACAGGGAAAAGAGUGAGAGAGAUUACGAUGCUGGGAAUGCCCACCCCAACAACCCGCUGGCACUCGGCCAGCUUGCCCUGCCCAGAGAGGUCAGAGACCUUAAUGAUCCGGCUGGACUGAAUAAGAAAGAUGAUGUCCAGCAGAUACCUCCUUUGCUAAAUGAUGAGAAUGACCAGAAGGAACAAGUCCGUGGAGGAGAAAACCAUUAUUUUGGGGAGGACGAAGAAGCUCAACAGCAGCAGGAAGAAGAGCAGCAGCAGCAACAGCGCCAGCAGCAGGAGGACGAGAGACAGCGGAUGGAGGAGGAUGAACCAGAGGAAGGCGAUGAGAGUGAACACCAAGUAGACAGGUUCCGUGAUGAUAUCGGUGAUAAAAAUGUUCGAAGAGCCAUCAACCCAGAGGAACCAGGGACUUUGUAA